AGAGAAAUGGAGUGAUAGGCUAGGAGGAACAUGCUACACAGAGAGGUUUAGAAUUACAGCAGCCAGCAUCCUUGCUGCUAGGUGCAUUUCUAAUGUUAAUAUACGAUAGGCUUUGAAAGACAGCUAAGAAGGUUCUUACUCAGUAAUCAAAUUGGUGGGUCUACCAAAUGAGAAACAAGGACUACAAGCAAAUGAGAUCGCUGAUGUUCAAAGACCUUGGGCAGAAAAAGGAGGGGCAAAUACUAAACUCCAGGGAGGUCUUGCAAGGGAGGAAGUGACAGAACUUUUGGGGUGAAUACCAAGUCAAGCAAGAAGACAGAACUGCUCCACAGGAGAGUCGCCACACGACUACAUACUCAUUCAGGAUCAAAAUUACUCUACUGAGAAACAGAAGUGAUAUUGCAUUGAAGAGAACUCAAGAUCGACUCACCUCAAACCUGAAUAGGACGGAGAAAAAAGGUAGUGGUAAACCUGAUCAAUAGUAGGUGACAGGCAGCAAGAGAAAAGGAAAAGAGGACACAGGAACAGAAGCCACUUCAUUGCGGGAACUGGAACUGGAGCCUUUGAAACUUAAGAGUGGAAGCCACUAUAACACAGUGAAGAUGCCUGCUAAUGGAAGCUGUCCCUUAAAGCUGCAGUUUGGUCUAAUUAAUCAUGAGGGUUGCUACCUCACUGCCGAGGCUUUUGGCUUUAAGGUAAAUGCAUCAGCUCCAAGCCUAAAGAAGAAGCAGAUAUGGACUCUAGAGCAUGACUCCAAAGAUGCCCAAAUAGUCUAUUUGCGCAGCCACCUACGGCGGUACUUGGCCUCCGACAAGGAUGGAAAGGUCACCUGUGAGUCAGAUGGACAGAAUUCAGAUUGUCGCUUCCUCAUUGUGCCUCAGUCAGAUGGCCGUUGGGCCCUACAGUCUGAGCAGCAUCUCCGUUUCUUCGGUGGCUCUCAGGACUAUCUUUCCUGCUUUGCCCAGGUAAUCACAGAUUCUGAGCUAUGGGCAGUGCACCUGGCACUGCACCCACAGGCCAACCUGCUGUCUGUGGCUCGCAAGCGGUAUGCCCACCUCUCAAUGGAGGAUGGAGAGAUUUCUGUGGAUCUAAACAUUCCCUGGGGCGUGGUAGCAUUAUUGACCCUCACAUACCAAAGUGGGAAGUACUGUCUAAAGACUUGCGACAGUCGCUUCCUCAGCAGUGAUGGUAAACUCUUAACACAGAGAGGGAAGGCCACAGCCUACACCCUGGAGCUGAAGAGUGGUAAAUUAGCCUUUAAGGACUUUGAGGGGAAGUACUUGUGCCCCAUGGGACCAACGGGGACCCUGAGGUCUGGACGCUGCCCUAAGCCAGGCAAAGAUGAGCUUUUUGACCUAGAGGAGAGCCACCCACAGGUGGUUUUUAUGGCAGCCAAUGGGCGAUACGUCUCCAUCAGACAAGGUGUUAGUCUUGCAGCCAAUCAGGAAGAUGAGACAGACAUGGAAACGUUUCAGAUGGAGAUAGACAAGGAAACCAGGAAGUGUGCUUUCCGCACCAGUCAGGGGAAUUACUGGACCCUGGUGUCCCACGGAGCCAUCCAGAGUACUGCCACUGAAGUAUCAUCAAACACCCUGUUUGGGAUAGAGUGGCUUGGUCACAAAGUAGCAAUAAAAGCAAACAAUGGAAAAUUUAUUUGCACUAAGAAGAACGGCCAGCUGGUGGCUGUGUGUGACUCUACUGGUGAGAAUGAGCAGUUUACUCUGAAGCUAAUCAACCGACCAAUUCUGAUCCUGAGAGGGGAGAACGGUUUCAUCUGCCACCACAAGAAUUCCAACACACUGGAUGCCAGCAGAUCGACCUAUGACAUUUUCACACUGCAAUUCAGUAAUGGAGCCUACCAUAUUCAAGGUCAGGCAGGUGUAGAUGGCCAUUUCUGGUAUGUAAACAGUGCUGGAUUGGUCUGUUCUGAUGGUGAGGUCCCUGAAGAUUUCACUCUGGAACUCUUGGAGCAUCGUCGUCUCGCCAUCCGAGCCAAGAAUGGAAGAUAUCUGCGUGGAGACCAGGGAGGCACCCUUAAGGGAGAUGGACUCAGUGUGAGCAGUUCAGCUCUCUGGGAGUAUUAAUCCAAUCCAACACUGGUUCGGACCUGAAUAUUAACUAUCAUGCUUCUCACUACUAGGAGGGUGAUCUACCACCAGUAACUACUUUAGCAUUAAUACUUAAGCUAAUAGCAUUUCAAGCUAUUUCCUUCCAUUUGCAAAAUAAACUGCAGCAGAGGAACCACAGACUAGCUGUGACAAACAAAACACAUGCAAGUGUCAUUUAUUUACUAAGUACAACAAUGUAACAUGAACACAUUAUCACUAAGAGUGAGGUGUGCAAAGCUAUAAUAAUAAUAUAAACCUGUAAUCUUCA